AUGCUGGAUGCAACAGAUUGUGAUGGACUUGAAGAAAUUCCUCACGGUGUCUUAUCCAACUUGAGGAGAUUAGAAGAGUUGUACAUGGCAGAAAGCUUUCUCAAUUGGGGGCCAGCAACAGGAAGCAAGGAUGAAACGAGUAUGGCAAGCCUUGAUGAGAUUCUAAAGCCCAACGAAGAAAGUGUGAACAAGGUGAAAGAGACUAGAAUGACAAUCAAGUUGCUGGGUCAACCUCAUCUAGAUCAAAAGCUCCUUGUGAAUCUCCAACAUGUCCAUAUAUAUGCAUGUGAGAAUAUGGAAACUAUAGUACAGGCAGCUGCUUCCACAGAGGACAAUAUCCAUGAAGAAGGGAAAGAGAUAGGUGGCAGUGGCGCGAUGACUUUGUUUCCCAAACUACUCAAUAGCUUCCACCUUGCGAUUUGCCAAGCCUCGAGAGAUUUUGCCCUGAUGACUAUUCCUUUGCAUGAGAAUUUGAGUGAUGAUCAUGUAAGAGGUAGAGAAGAAUCAGGUGGUGCAUCAUCAUCAACUGGAUCUGGAUGUUCGCCACUAGUAUGCUUUCAAAGUCGUCCAUCUACUCGCAACUUUACUCAAAUAUUGCCUCAGGUUGUAAAUAGAGAGGUUACGCCGACAAAUCUUCAGACUUCAAGUGCUAGCGACAAUCUAGAACAUCUCGAAGUAGAUUGGGUGCGAUUUAUUGGAAGUGAUAUUUUUGGUUCAGGAAACCCCUUCUACUCAAGCAUUUGA